GAUCGCUUGAUUUCAUACGUUUCCUUGAAGCACUCUAAGUAACAUAAGAUUUUGAUAAAAGGUAUAACACAUGAUAGCCUGGCAAAAUGAGACUUAAUGAACACAAAUUGGCUUCUAAUUACGUGAUUUGAUACAUUGAAAGCACUCCAUCGCUAUCUUCUUAGAGCCUACCGUUUAAGUAACUGGUAUAUCCCAAAUAAACAUAAACGUUUUCAUCAUCGUCGUCUAGGUAGGGUUCUCCACAUAUACGACGUUCAUUAUAGGGGCAUUUAGCCAUAAACGCACAUUUUAAAACCAGAAGAAAAUGCCGGGAUGGAAAAAUUCCAAGACCCAGAAUUGGUUAGUUCGGACCCCAAUAUCCCGAAGCUUGACAAUACAAAUGAGAGGAUCUGCUCCGUUUAUGAAGUCGAGAACCGGGUACUUGGAAAUCGCUUCUUUUUGUUUCUUUUUUGGGGAAGGAUCGCUAUAACCAUGUUUAUUCGUCAAAUCCUUCGCUUAGCUUUGUCGAUUGGCAUUUGCCUCGACCUAUCCAUAGCCAACCCGCUCGACGUGCGUGAACUAGGCCUCCAGGUUGAACGCCGCGCAGAUACGGGACUGGUUGGGUAUCUCGGUGCUAUCUUCCUUGGGGCAGACCCAUACGUGUACUUUUAUCUUAGCAACGGCAAUGAUCCUCUGUCUUUCAAGGCGUUGAACAAAGGUCAGCCUAUCCUGCGACCAACGAAAGGCACCGGUGGUGUCCGGGAUCCGUAUCUUGUUCAAGGCGGCGGUAAUGAAGCUGGUAGAAAAUGGUAUAUUAUCGGCACUGACCUUGAUAUCGGAAAGACAAGUUGGGAUGCAGCUCAGCGUACAGGCUCGAGGGGUAUCUUCGUCUGGGACAGCACGGACCUCGUGAACUUUGGUAACGAGCGGCUGGUGAAUGUGGAGGACUCGACUGCCGGCAUGGUAUGGGCCCCGGAAGCGAUAUGGGACGCUUCGAAAGGUCAAUAUUUAGUGCAUUGGGCUUCGAAAUUUUAUCCUGCUUCGGACAGCAAGCAUACCGGUUCCCCGUCCAAUAUUCGCAUUAGGUACGCCUACACAAGUGAUUUCAAGACCUUUACCCAGCCUCAAACGUAUAUCGAUUAUGCGCCAACCAACAUCAUCGACCUGGACAUUCUACCGUUGGACACCGAAGGCAAAAAUUACUUGCGAUUUAUGAAAGACGAAACCGCCAAGACCGUGUUUCUGGAGUAUUCCACCGCUGGGCUUUUUGGGAGUUGGACUAGAGCCGGGGGGAGCAAAGGCACGAUCACAUCUGGUGUCGAAGGUCCUGCCGCAUAUCGUGACAAUAAGGACGAUGCCAAGGUUCAUGUCCUUCUAGACUUUUACGGUGGGGAUGGCUACCGACCAUAUGAGAGCACGGAUCCCAAGGGAAACAUAUGGACAGCAAGCAGUAGAUCUGGGUUUCCAAGCAAUCUACGGCACGGGAGUAUUCUUCCUAUUAACCAGACUCUAUACGAUGCGCUGAGCAAGAAAUUCGGCUCGUAAUGGAUGGAAAUUUCAUCAGCAGCAUAAGCCCAUGUCAUCAAUACUUACCUCAUGACGAAAUUUCUUUAAACGGAAACGCCCAUGCUCUGAAAAAUGCUUGUUUGAAUUAUGUACCAUCAGUUGCUUAGCAUGGUCUCGAGCGGCUAUUGUAACUCGCCACGACUCAGAAAAUUCUCAUUGAACUGGAUUCGUAUUGUAUAAAAUUUUAAAAGAACUAGGCAGAGUAUUGCUAUCGAGAAAUAUCAAUACGGGGGACGAUAUGCAUCUUCACCAAAAUAUUUAUGUGUGUGUAUUUUAUCCGGUUUUGAGUGGAAUAUGUACCUAAUGUAUCUCACAUUCAGGAGGGG